AUGGAAAAUUCAAACGAAACUUCUUUUAGUGGAUUUUUUCUUCUCAGUCUUGCUGAUACCCCAUACCUAAAGGCAUUAAGUAUGCUUACCGUCCUGAUCAUGUAUUUAGUCACAUUGUCCGUAAACGCUCUACUUGUUGUUGUGGUGAGAAUCAAACUGAGGCUUCACACCCCAAUGUAUUUCUUCUUAAGCAACUUGUCCAUCAUUGACAUUGGCAUAAGUUCUUCAGUAGUACCUAAACUUAUCAUAAUUACAAUAACUCAGGAUAUAAGGAUUUCCCGUCUUGAUUGUGCUUUACAGAUGUUCUUUCAUUCAGCCCUGGUAGUGACAGAGAGUAUUUUUCUGGCUAUUAUGGCCUAUGAUAGAUACAUGGCUAUCUGUAAGCCUCUAUACUACAAUUCACUUAUGAACAAGCGAUUUUGCAUUUCCUUGGCUGCUGUCUGCUGGGCUGUGGGCUGUAUUAAUUCUAGCAUUCACGUGCCCUACACCUUACAACUGCCAUUUUGCAGGUCCCAUCAUAUUAACCAUUUUCUUUGUGAGGUACCUAUUUUUUUUCGCCUAUCUUGCCAAGAUACAUGGUUCCAUGAGUUAUCAAUGUACAUCACAGCUUUUACACUUGGCUUUAUUGCUUUCAUUCUAAUUCUUUUUUCAUACAUCUAUAUAAUAUCCACUAUCUUAAAUAUCCAUUCCACUGAAGGAAGACACAAAGCUUUCUCUACAUGUGCAUCACAUCUCACAGUGGUCUCUCUCUACUACGGGCCUCUGAUGUUCAUGUAUUUUCGUCCUCACUCCAGAAACUCUCCUAACACAGAGAACACUGUGUCUAUUAUUUACACGGUUGUGACUCCAAUGCUGAAUCCCAUCAUCUAUAGCAUAAGAAAUAAAGAUAUCAAAGUUACCAUACAAGGAACACUGAAUAAUCAGUCACGAAGUCCACUGAUACCAGUUCCUUUGCCAGUUCAUUGA